AUGCCGUUUGAAGAAGCUAUUGGGAGAUUAAAGGCCUAUGAAGAUCGUUUGCGAGUGCGCAAUAAAAAUGCAAGCAAUGAAGGAAGUUUGUUGCUUACAAAGUCUGCAGGUUCCAGUCAAAAGAUUUCAGGUAGAUUCCUCUCACCAUCUGGAGGCCGUGGUUCUCCACAAGGUGAUAGAUGGGGUCGAAAUGGUGGUCGUGACAGAGGCCGUGGUAGAGGUGGUCAAGGAAGUAGUAGUGGACAGCGAGAUUUUGCGGACAGCCAUUACAAACCAAGAGACAAGAAGCACAUAAAGUGCUUUAAUUGUGAAGAGUACGGUCAUUACGCAUCUGAAUGCAAAGCUCCAAAGGGAAAAUCCGAGGAAGUAAAUUUGACUCAAACUCAAGAUGAAGAACCAUACCUUCUGUUGGGUUUCUGUCAGGACAAGACAACAAUGAAGGUGUUGUUGAAUGAAGACAGAGUAUCUACAGGAAGUAACAAUGAUAAAGCAAGUGAGGAUGCUUGGUAUCUCGACAAUGGUGCGAGCACUGGUAUUAAGGAACACCUGGCUGAACUUAAUGAGAAUGUGACUGGGCAAGUGCGCUUCGGAGAUGGGUCUAUGGUUCAAAUAAAAGGAGAGGGCUCAAUUCUAUUGAAUUGCAGAAAUGGAGAGCAAAUUAUACUUCCAGAUGUGUAUUACAUACCUGCUCUACACAACAUCUUAAGCCUUGGACAAUUGACAAAAAUUGGAUAUAAAGUAGAGAUGAUGGAUGAUUAUUUAAAGGUCAGUGAUGAAAAUUGGUGA